CUAUUUAUCAUCGAAGUCCAAACAUAAAUCAUAAAUGUCCUUCCGAUCAAAUAAAUUUCCGAACGAAACAGAACACAACAAAGGCCUGAAGGCUAAAACCAAGUACACCAGCCACGAAGAAUUCUCCAAAACCUCUUAAUACCUCUUAAUAAUAUUCCUUUGUCUUUCCUUUCCAAGUCUCAGAGAUCAGAAGGGAUCUCAUUCUGCCAAAGCUAGAUACUAUUGCUUUCUCUCUUUUUAAUUUUUGGUGGUAAAUUCCUCGUUUAUUUGAUACGGUUCUUUUACCUUUCACCAUUUAAAAGGCGAUCACGAAGUGGGUGAUAUCAAAUUCCACAGGGAAGUGGUUUUCUCGUGAUUCUCAGCUUCGAAACGGUUUCCUUCUCCGGAUCUUGCUCCGGUUAUUAGGGUUGUUUUUCUGGUAUUAGGUCUCUUCCAUGAGGGUCUCUGUUACUUUCACGGAGGAUUGGCAACUCAAAACUUGUUAGAUAAUGCAGAUCAGCUCCCGAUUUCCACAUUUCAGCUUAUUUUUUGGUGAACAUAUAUUCAGAAGAUUGUAAAUAAAAUGGGAAUCCUUUCUCGCAGUCCUGUUAGCAGAAAACCACAUGAGACCAUGAGGCUUAUUGUUACUACUUUUGUUGGAGUAGUUUUUGGGUUCUUCAUAGGAGUAUCCUUUCCAUCGUUGUCAUUAACUAAGCUGAACCUAUCAUCCAACCUUCUUCCUACAAUCGAUCUCUCAUACAUUAAGGGUAAAGAGUCAGGCCUUCGAAAUGCUUGGUCAUCUAUUAAUGUUAACAACAGAAGCUCAACUCAAGCUCAAAAUUUGAAUGAUACAUCGAAGAUUUGGGUUCCUUCAAAUCCUAGAGGUGCAGAAAGACUACCUCCAGGAGUUAUUGAAGCUGAGUCAGACCUCUACCUGCGAAGAUUGUGGGGUAAGCCCAGUGAGGACUUGACUAGAAAACCACAGUACCUUGUGACCUUCACUGUAGGUUAUAAUCAGAGAAGCAAUAUUGACGCAGCUGUGAAAAAGUUUUCAGAGAACUUUACAAUCCUUCUAUUUCAUUACGAUGGCCGAACAACUGAAUGGGACGAGUUUGAGUGGUCGAAGCAAGCUAUUCAUGUGAGCGUUCAUAAGCAGACUAAAUGGUGGUAUGCCAAACGAUUUCUGCAUCCAGACAUAGUGGCUCCGUAUGACUACAUAUUUAUGUGGGAUGAAGACCUGGGAGUUGAACAUUUUAAUGCAGAAGAAUACAUAAAACUAGUGAGGAAGCAUGGCUUGGAGAUUUCGCAGCCUGGUUUGGAACCUAACAGAGGAUUGACAUGGCAGAUGACAAAGAGAAGAGGUGACCGUGAAGUUCACAAAGAAACAGAGGAGAAACCGGGCUGGUGCAGUGACCCACAUCUUCCUCCCUGUGCAGCGUUUGUUGAAAUCAUGGCUCCAGUGUUUUCAAGAGAUGCAUGGCGCUGCGUGUGGCAUAUGAUUCAGAAUGACUUGGUCCAUGGGUGGGGUCUUGACUUUGCCCUGAGAAAAUGUGUAUACCCUGCACAUGAGAAGAUUGGAGUUGUAGAUUCGCAGUGGAUUGUUCAUCAAGGUGUUCCCUCACUUGGGAAUCAGGGAGAAUCGCAAAAUGGAAAGGCACCAUGGCAAGGGGUAAGGGACAGGUGUAGAAAGGAGUGGACAAUAUUCCAAGGUAGGAUGGCAAAUGCAGAACAUGCAUAUUUUAAAGCAAUGGGAAUUGAUCCUUCCAAUUCGACAACUCGUUAGGGAACAGCAAUAAGAGGGAUGACUGUUGCACCCGCAGCACCACCAUUUUCUGAGAGUUUUACAUAUAUUUAUUAGAUUCCUUUUCGUAACAUGUAACACUAUUUAUUAACAAUGAGAAUCUUCAAAUCUUUAGUUAAAUACAACGUGAAAGCCAUAUAGAAUUUCAGUGC